ACGAGCAGCGAUACCAUGUACCAAAUGUUUGCAGACUCAAAAAGGCAAGAGUAUAAGAAAUCAAUCUCAAACUUUGACGAUGUGAGUGAGGAUGCGCUUGGUAUUCUUGCCAUCGGACUUCCCACCAUGACCAGGCGAGUGGAAAGGUUUCUUGAUGGAGUGAGUAAUUACUGCUCACAUAAUCACUGUACAAUGCACCAUGAACCUACUACCAACGGCCAUAAUCAACUACUGAAUAUGUACUACCGCUGUAUUGGAUUCUCAUCAAGCCCCGGAUCCCGGACGUGUCCAUCAUCAAAGCUUGACCGUCCCCCUCAUUCCGAGUUAUGUUAUUCUUUGGUGGUUGUCACUUGUGACUUUCGAGAAUAUUAUUCGGAGCCAAUGCUGUCCAGUUCGAGGAGGGGCACUGGAGAGUGGAAGAAUGUGGCUUUCAGCAUAUGCCAGGAGCACUGGAGAAACCACCUCCAUACUUCUCCAAUACCUGACCUGGAAAAAUUCAUCUCUGAUUAUGGAAAGACAUAUGAGACCGACCCAGUCAAAGGCGAUCUCAACCCAACCUGGGACUCGACGUUUCAGUUUGACCUGGCAGAGGCACUGCGUCGAGAUGACCAUAUCCAGGUGCAAGUGUUUGACUGGGAGCGUGCUGGAGGUAACAAGCUGAUGGGACAGCUGGAUGUUAGUCUAAGAAGAUGUGUAACGGCAGGUUCAAUGGAGAUCAACGAAUCUCUCUGUACCCCCGAAGGAGAGCCAAUAUCUGGCAAGAUUGAGCUGAGCGCUUCGUACACACCUAGUGCAUCUGGCGACUCCUCCGGUGGUGGCGGCGGUGAUGCCGAUGAUGGCGGAGGUGGAGGUGAUUUUGACGGAGGUGGUUUUGACGACGGUGGCGAUGGAAGUGCUCCAACCGCGGAUGAAGCCGCAGGCGGCGCAAAGUCUGCCAGAGGUGUUGUGUUUGGUGGAACUGGGCCGGAAGGCUUGAAGGCACGCCAAGCAAUGCUGGCAAGGAAGAGAGCUAACCGUGCAGCACUCCCGAAGAAGCCCUGUGACUUUCAGGUUCGCAUUCACGUUAUCGAGGGUAGGAAGCUUCAUGGUGGUAAUCUGAAUCCCGUGUGCAACGUGCGCGUCUUCGAUCAAGUGCAGCCGACAGCUGUCAAGAAGUCUACAAAUGCGCCCUUGUUUGACCAGAUAUUCUUCUUCAGCUUCCAUUCUGCACCGAAGGAGUUCUUGGACAAAGUUGUGACAUUUGAGGUGAUGAACUCACAGACGCUGAGAGCUGAUGCUAUGAUUGGUUCUUUCCAGUUUGAUACUGGAUUUUGCUACGACUUUGAAAACCAUUCCAUCGUCCACAAAUGGUUAUUGCUGACCAAGCCAGGCGACUCGAGUGGUGGUCCAAGGGGCUACUUGAAGGUCAGCUGUCAAGUGAUUGGACCUAAUGAUGAUGUGAAGCCUGCGCCUCGAACAUCCAGUGAUACCAGUGAUAUAGAAUCGAACCUGUUGAGGCCGUCAGGAACAACACUAGCCCCCAGUACAUUCACGGUUCAGAUCUAUCGUGCUAUGGACGUGCCGCAGAUGGACAGCAGUUUUGGCCAGCGUGCGAAGAAUCUUGUCCGCAUUGGGGCUAAGGUUGUGAAUGAUUUAGCAGACCCGUACGUGGAGGUUUCCUUUGCUGGAAAUAAGAGCGAGACCACUGCGGUGUACAACUGUUACAAUCCUGUCUUCAAUGAGCAACUGAACAUUGGCUGUCAGUUUCCAUCGAUGUGUGAUCGUGUUCGCCUGCGGCUCUUUGACAAAGACAAAUUCAGUCCUGAUGUUAUCGGCACUACGUUCCUCAACCUUUCAGAGAUCUCAGCUCCGGGAGACGCUGGUUUCUUGCCCACUUUUGGGCCUGCUUGGGUGAAUGUCUAUGGAUCUCACAGGGAGUAUUCGGCCUUCAACCAGUAUUCCUACCUCGAUGAUGGAUCUCUCGAGGGGGUUGCCUAUCGCGGCCGACUUCUUGUCGAAGUGGAGUCCACUGUUGGCAAAUACCCAGAUUCAGCCAAGCCCAUGCCCAUUGAAAAGACUGAUGUGGACCGCGUGGAGAGAUACUUUAUGCUGCCUCGCAAGUAUCAGCUACGAGCUGCAUUCUUGGAAGCUACACUGAUUCCGGAGACAUUGGCUGGUUCAGCGGUCUCUUUUGAGGUCAGCAUUGGAGUCUAUGGUAAUCUGAGUGAUCAGAGUCUGCCGCAGUCCACAUCAGUUACGCAAGGCACACACCCCGUGCCCUAUGGCAACUCCUUCUACUACAUUCCUUGGGGUCAGUCCAAGCCGUGUGUCAGCGUGGAGGCUCAUUUUGAGAUCAUCGAGGACAGAAUUCACGGACUGAAUCUCUUGCUGAGCACAUCGGAGAGACUGAAAGCCAACAUUGCUCGCAUUCGUCACAUGCACCAAGCUCAGGCUGGUACGCGUGAGACAGCCCGUGCGUUCAUUGACCUGCUCGAUGAACUGAUGAAAGACCUGAGUUCUGAGGAUCGUGUCCUUCCGGAGCCGACGAGGAGGAAUCCUAUUGUCACCAAGUUGGAUUUCCUCAUCUAUGAUGUUCGCAAGAAAGAAGUUGCUGACAUUCUGCAGGGCAUCAAGAAACUGAGAAAGUCCGCCACUGACCUCGUGUCUGCACUUCUGGAAGUGGAGUUGUUUUCAUCAAGACUCGAUGGUCUGGCCAUUGAGGGCCAGAAUUCAAUUCCCGACAUCGUCAUAUCUAUGCUGCUUGGCAAGAAGCGAGUAGCGUACGCACGCAUUCCGGCUCAUGAGGUCAUGUAUGCACACAAGGAUGGACAGAAGUGGCACGAAGCAUGCGGCAAGAACUGCUCCAAACCACAGACAAUUUACAUGAAGUGGCCUUCCAAGAAUGAUGGGUCAGCACCAAACUAUCAGGUUGCCUGUCAGCUGCGGAUUGGCGUGUGGCUUGGUCUGAAUCAGUACAGCAAUGACUGGCUACGCGGCCAGGACGAAGGAGAGAUAUCUGUCUUUGCUGAGACUUACGAGAAUGAAGUCAACUAUGGCUUUGGAUGGGGCACUAAGGGUCUCUUCAUUCCUCCCUGGUCGAAUGCCCAUGGAAGUGUGGCACUGGAGCAGAACAAAUUCAUGCCACCAGAAGGCUGGAACUGGAAUGGAGACUGGUUUCUCAAUCCAGAACUCAGUGCACCGGUCAAUCCAGACUCUGGCAAGUCCGAGUACAUGGAGGACAUAUUUGAGUAUCAGCAGCGCAUUGCCGGAACUCAGUGGAGUCAUGCCACCGUCUCUUGGGGCAAUGUGAGAGGUGAAACUCUUGCUGGUGGCAGAGAGGACAUCCAGAUCGGUGACGAGUGGGAGUGGAAGGAUCCCAAGUGGAAGAUUGACAAAACCCGUGUCUGUGACGAAGGAGGCUAUCAGUACACUUUGGACCCAAGUUUGGCCACGUAUGUGCCGAUCGAGAAGACCUAUCAUCUGUGGAGACGGCGACGAUGGGUGCGCACGAGAGCUCUGGUUGCCGGCGGGUCUGACCAAAAGAAGAAGGACCAAGAUGAAGAGCAUAUGAAAGAAGGUUGGGAGUACUCUCACAGCUUCAGUGGUUCUUUCCAUGUUGGCAAGAAAUUGUUUGACAAGUGCCGGCACCGGCGAUGGCACCGCAAGGUUGUGGCUGCAAAGGAUUCCGACGCGACAUUGGCGUCGCCAACUUUCUAUUUCAAUGACCCUGAGAAGGGUAUUGCCGGUCACCAAGAAACACCCCGGAUGUUCAUGCGCUUCAAAGAACCUCACCGCUACCAGCUGCGUGUGUACCUGUAUCAAGCAAGAAACAUCCGCAGUGCUGAUUCCACUGGCUUGUCUGAUCCUUACUGUCGCCUGUCAUUCAGCCAUCACUGCGAGACAAGUAUCAUCCUGAAAGAGACCAUUAUGCCAACAUGGGACCAGACUCUCAUCAUGGACAACAUUGAUCUGUUUGGUGAACUUGAGACAAUAGCUGCCUGUCCUCCUGACCUUACCAUCGAACUCUUCGACGAGGAUAUCAUUGGCAAGGAUGAGUUCCUGGGAAGGUGUGUGGUGAAACCCUACAUACGCUUGGAGCCUCGUCAUCCUCCGCCAAAGUUGGAUUGGUAUCCGAUCAAGUUCUUUGACAAAGAUGCUGGAGAGGUGCUUGCUGCCUUCCACCUUCUGGUUAGCGAAGGCAAUGAGCUGCCAUUUGCACCUGAGAGGAUGGAGGAUAACAACAAGCUCUUCCGAGUGCCACAUGACAUUCGACCCCGUAUGCAAUCCAUGCGAGUUGAGGCUCUAUGCUGGGGCGUUCGGGAUUUGAAGCGGCUGCAGCUGUUGUCCGUGGACAAACCGUUUGUGACAAUCACUGUUGGUGGUGUGCAGAUGAAGACAGCACCGAUCAAGAAGAUGAAGAAGUGUCCCAAUUAUGAUGACCCACUCCUGGUCUUCAAGAAAGUGCUACUGCCUCGCGAGGAGCUCUACAUGCCUCCAAUGAGCGUGCAGGUGUUCGACAAUCGAGCAUUCGGCCGAACACCGCUGGCAGGAACGCACACGAUUAUCGACAUGACUUCCUACAAGCGGGAUCGAUUCCAGUAUGAAGCACCGCGUGAAAUGCACCGGCCAGCUAACUACUCACGGCGACACUCACCAUUUGAGCAUGUUGUGGAGGUCCGUGGUACAGUCUUACCCAAUCUGAAUGCUGAAGGAGCAGCUGAUGACAAGAAAGCAGAUACUGGCUCUGUCCACUCAAAAGGAUCCAAGAAGGGCAAGAACAUUGACGAGGAUGAUCGGCAAGCCGCGUUUGUUGAUUGGUGGUCAAAGUACUAUGCUUCAGUUGGAGGCGAGGAGGAGGCAAUGUAUGAAGAUUACUUGAAGAGCUACACGGACAUGAUUACGAUUUACAGUGAGCCAUUGGAGAAAGUGUUCGGUGGGUUCAAUGACUUUGUGGACACCUUUUUCCUCUAUCGAGGCAAAGGACAGCGUGACAGUGAGGAUGCACAGAACCAAGCUGUUGGAAAGUUCAAGGGUAUCUUUUGCAUCUAUCCACUGCCUGAAGAUCAAUCGGAGGAGCCUCCUCUGGUGCUUCAGAACACGCCGGCAUCCGGAGAGCAAAAGUGCAUCAUCAGGGUGUAUGUCAUCAAGGGUAUGAACUUGCAAUCACAAGAUGCCAGUGGCAAGAAUGAUCCAUACCUGCGGAUUUACCUUGGAUCAGAGCGUCUUGUCAAUGACAAAUCCAACUACAUUCCGAAUACUGUCGAUCCAGUCUUUGGAAAGAUGUUUCAAGUGAAGGCGUCAUUGCCUGUCGAGCACCAGCUGAAGGUACAAGUUAUGGACUGGGACUUGCUGUCAGCCGAUGAUCUGGUUGGUGAGACGGUCAUUGAUCUGGAAGAUCGCCUGCUCACCAAAAACCGUGCGACGUGUGGUCUGCCCAAGUCAUACUGUGUUGAUGGCACGAAUGCCUGGCGGGAUAACCAGCGACCCACGGCAAUACUCAACGAGGUUUGUGGGCGGCGGGGUAUAACGCCUCCUGUGUACCAUGGAGACUCUCGCUGCACUGUGGCUGAUCAUGAAUAUGAAGUUUUCCCCGAAGAUGAUGCAGUUGCGCCGCAGGACGAGCUGGGAGACCUGAAGGAAAGACUGGCUCUGAAAGUCUUGCACAACUUUGAACUGGUGCCAGAACACAUUGAGACACGCCCGCUGUUCAAUCCACUACGGCCUAGCUUGCCUUGUGGAGAGAUUCAGAUGUGGGUGGACAUCUUCCUGGAAAAGCGUGGCAAGCCGCGCGCUCCGGUCAACAUUGCGCCACGUCGUCCUGAAGACUAUGAACUGCGUGUGAUCAUUUACAAUGUUGAGGAGGUGCCACUGGAUGAUGAGUCUAUCACUGGUGAAGCCAUGAGUGAUAUCUAUUUGAAGGGCUGGUUCAAGGAGAGUGUGGACAAGAAACACAAGACUGAUGUUCAUUACCGCUCAUUGAAUGGUGAAGGCAACUUCAACUGGCGAUGGAUUAUGCCUUUUGCUUACAUCCCACAGGAGAAGAAGAUGGUUAUCAGGAAGAGAGAAGGACUGUUCAGUUGGGACAAGACUGAGUUCAAACUGCCGCCUACACUUGUGGUGCAGGUCUGGGACAAUGAUCUCUUCUCUCUUGACGACUAUCUUGGUGAUAUUGAGCUGGAUCUCACCUUCAUGCCACCACCAGUAAAGAGAUCAAAGAACUGCUCUAUGAAGCAACUGGAUCCACCUGGGCCAAAAACCAAGAAGAAGUACCAGUUUGUCAGUCUACUGGAGAGCAAGUCUCUCAAGGGCUGGUGGCCGAUUACUGGUGUGGAUGCUAAUGGCGACCGCAUUCCUGCGGGUAAGGUUGAGAUGGAAAUCGAAAUUAUGCGCAAGGACGAAUCAGAGGCCAAGCCUGCUGGAGAGGCACGUGAUGAUCCCAACGCCAACCCGACGCUUGAUCCACCCAAUCGCCCGCAGACAUCUUUCCUGUGGUUCACCAGUCCGUGGAAGGUGCUCAAGUUUAUAAUCUGGAGACGCUUCAGAAAGGCAAUCAUCACGGCUCUCAUCAUCUCGGUGAUCUCUGCACUGGUUGCUCUAUUUAUCUAUGCGUCACCCGGCUACGCUGUCCGCAAGUUGUUCGGCUUUCAGUAAAGCUGUACGGUUGUGUCGAACACCUGGCUUGGUUGGAAAUGAAAUUGCAGAGUUGCAACGUCAUGACGAUCAGGAUGGAUUACGGAUCGAUGCUAAUGACCGGGUUCGAAUGACUGCUGUUAGUGGUACAAUGAUACUUCCUUUACCAAUGUUGGAAUGUCAACCUUCUCUAAGCGAUGAGUAUUGCACUGCAAACUUCACUUCAGAGUACCUAUUCACAUAUCCUGGCUACCGCAGACCGAGAGCUGCACACCACUGCCCAAGUUAAAUGCUGCGUAAGCACUUGUCGGUGUUGAUCGCUGUAUUUAUUAACUGUCAUAUUGUCUACCUGGUUGUCAAAACUGUUGCUUGCUGUACUGACCACAUUAACACACCGGCUGCGUUUCAAGCUUUUUGAUCUGUUCAAAGCAUACACUGCUGACCUUGUCACAUAGCGGGUACUUAAGAGUAUCAGCGCAAGACUGCUUCCAUGAAUGUGCCCUGGUUCAGUCCAGGCAUUCACCCACUGCAUUCUCAAUGUAUCUGUGCCCAUCUAAACAUCUAAACAGGCUACAUAAGAUACGGAAAUUUCCUUGCAUUGUUUCGCAGCUCCUUUGCUCACAAUACCGUUCGCGAAAAUUGCAACUGAUGUUGCUCACGAAA